CGGACCCGGCGGCUGAUGAAGGAGCUGCAGGACAUCGCCCGCCUCAGCGACCGCUUCAUCUCCGUGGAGCUGGUGGACGAGAGCCUCUUCGACUGGAACGUGAAGCUGCACCAGGUGGACAAGGACUCGGUGCUGUGGCAGGACAUGAAGGAGACCAACACGGAGUACAUCCUGCUCAACCUCACCUUCCCCGACAACUUCCCCUUCUCGCCGCCCUUCAUGCGGGUGCUCAGCCCCCGCCUGGAGAACGGCUACGUGCUGGACGGCGGGGCCAUCUGCAUGGAGCUGCUUACCCCCCGCGGCUGGUCCAGCGCCUACACGGUGGAAGCGGUCAUGAGGCAGUUUGCAGCCAGCCUGGUCAAGGGACAGGGCCGUAUCUGCAGAAAAGCUGGCAAAUCAAAAAAGUCAUUCAGUCGUAAGGAAGCUGAAGCAACAUUUAAGAGUUUGGUGAAGACCCAUGAAAAAUACGGGUGGGUCACCCCACCCGUCUCUGAUGGCUGAUAUUAGCA